UACUUUAGAUGCGCCACGGCUUCGGUAGCUACAGCGUCUCUGUGCCGGCCCGAGUGGUGCCAACACCUCCUGUAGGAGACCGUUGCAGUCAGCCAGCCCCUGCUCCACGGUGAGAGACUCGGGGGUCCUCCCUACCUGGCGUUGCCCCAGUUGGCUGGAAUUCUCCCGCUGUGAGGUGACCAUGUGCGACCGAAAGGCGGUGAUCAAAAAUGCGGACAUGUCGGAAGAGAUGCAACAGGAUUCGGUGGAGUGCGCUACUCAGGCGCUGGAGAAAUAUAACAUAGAGAAGGACAUUGCGGCCCACAUCAAGAAGGAGUUUGACAAGAAGUACAACCCCACCUGGCACUGCAUUGUGGGGAGAAACUUCGGUAGUUACGUGACGCAUGAAACCAAACACUUCAUCUACUUCUACCUGGGCCAGGUGGCCAUUCUUCUGUUCAAAUCUGGUUAGAAGCAUGGACUGUGCCACACACCCAGUGAUCCAUCCAAAACCAAGGACUGCAGCCUAAAUUCCAAAUACAGAGACUGAAAAUCUUCAGCCUUGCUAAGGGAACACCUCGAUCUUUGAACCUUUUUUGUGUUGUGUACAGGGCAUUCUCUGUACUAGUUUGUUGUGGUUAUAAAACAUUUAGCAAAACA